AGUUAUCGGCCCAGCCUCCUCGCUCGGCGGCAGCCGUCCCCGAAGCGGGAGGAGCCCAAGGGGGCGCGGGCCCCCGCAUAAAUCAUUGUAGUCAAAUUUUUUAGUUUUCAGCCACUCAGCUUUGAUAAUGGAGGAACAGGGUAUUGUGGUUUAGGGAUUGCCACCUCAGAAUAGGAAAAUAAUUGGGAUUUUGUAUUUGAAGACAUGGAUCUUGCUGCCAAUGAGCUCAGCAUUUAUGACAAACUUUCAGAGACUGUUGAUUUGGUGAGACAGACAGGCCAUCAGUGUGGCAUGUCAGAGAAGGCAAUUGAAAAAUUUAUCAGACAGCUGCUGGAAAAGAAUGAACCUCAGAGAGGAGCACCCCAGUAUCCUCUCCUUAUAGCUGUGUAUAAGCCCAUUACCACCUGAACCAGUGCUUUCAGGACCUCACACCUGGCGCUCACUCAUCCAUCACAUCCGGCUGAUGUCCUUGCCCAUUACCAAGAAAUAUAUGCCAGAAAAUAAGGGAGUUCCUCCAUAUAGGGAUGGUGAAGACAGGCCCUUUCCAGACUUUGACCCCUGGUCAACAAAUUACUGUGAGAAGAAUGAGUCGGACCCCAUCCCUGCCAAUUGCACUGGUUGUGCCCAGAAAUUACCCCUCAAGGUAAUGCUCCUGGAAGAUACCCCUGAGAAAUUUGAGCAACUCCAUCCUCUGGUGAUCAAAACGGAACAGCCAUUGUUGUCUGAGGAACUUCAGCAUUUUUUGUGUCGAUACCCUGAGGUGGCAGAAGGCUUCACCGAAGGGUUAUUUGCCAAGUGGUGGCGCUGCUUUCCUGACCGGUGGUUCCCAUUUCCUUAUCCAUGGCGAAGACCUCUGAAUAGAUCACAAAUUUUACAUGAGCUUUUUCCUGUUUUCACCUACCUGCCAUUUCCAAAAGAUGCCUCCUUGAAAAAAUGUUUCUUUCUUCACCCGGAACCUGUUGUGGGGAGUAAGAUGCACAGAAUGCAUGACCUGUUUACCAUUGGCAGUGGUGAGGCGAUGUUGCAGCUCAUGCCUCCCUUCCAGUGCCGGAGACACUGCCAGUCCGUGGCGCUGCAGCUAGAGCCAGGGGAUAUCGGCUAUGCCGGUGCCACCCACUGGAAGGUCUACAUUAUAGCCAGAGGGGCAAAGCCUUUGGUCAUCUGUGAUGGAACCAUCCUCUCAGAACCAUAGGAAACAGAACUCUAUACAGGAACAGCUUUGAGAGCUGAAGACCCGGCUGAAAGGGGGAAAAUAAAAAUGAUGACACCGCUUUCUGGGGGUUGGUUACUUAGUUGCCUGCCCUUUGCAUGUGUGUGUGAGCCAGCCAUGUGCUGGAGCAGUGGCCAGGGCCCCGCCCUCCCAACUCUUCAUGCAUAUGGCCCGGAAGGUUUC